GAACGCAGCGUAAGGCGGCCAUCGGCGCUACCGGGGAGUAAAUACCGCUGUGAAACCGGAAGUGUCCCGGGAGGCGUCGCUUCCGGAAGUGUGGCAUGUCCCCCACCACACCAGGAAGUGUGGUGCCGCCGCGGCUCCUGGAUGUGUUGCUGUCCACCCAGUUGAGAUGCGGGGUUGAAACAGGUGUUAAUGUGUCAUUGUUCGCGGAGGCUCACCGGAGCGUCACCCUUCCGAAAGUGCCGGAGGGUGCAAGUAUUUGAUCAUGUUUUUGAAUGUCGCGUCCUGUCGAAAACCCUAGGGGAAUCCACAGCACUAGGAAUGUAUCCAGGGGGCCUGGCUCCCUAACGGCUUUUAAGAAGUUUUCUCUUGCUGCCCAUCACCCUCGAUUCCCCUUCUCCCCAGGGAUGUGCAAAUGGAGGCCGGAGGAGAUAGUGCUGUCCCAGCCCCCGGGGGCGUGGAGGACUUGGUGGACACGCAGUUCCCCAUUGAGGAGGCUGGAGACAGUGAAGGGGUUCACUCGAGCACGCCGGAUCCCGGAGAUGGGGACCCGGAGGACACAGGAUCCAAGGCCAAGGACCAGCCACCCAGCCUCCUAUCACCUUUGCCUCAGGCUGAGGCCCCAUCAAGCACUUGUGAGCACUGGAAAACUACAGCUUCAGAUGGCAGUCCCACUGGAGAACCUGAGGGUAGUUCUGAGGGCCAGGGAGAAGACCCCAGUGACGGGGACCCCAAUGAUGGUGACCCCAGUGACGAGGACUGGCGCAGCCAAAGGAAGCACGUGUUCGUGCUGAGUGAGGCAGGCAAGCCCAUCUACUCACGGUAUGGUAGUGUGGAGGCACUGUCUGCCACCAUGGGUGUGAUGACAGCCCUUGUGUCCUUCGUACAGAGUGCAGGAGAUGCCAUCCGAGCCAUCUAUGCUGAGGACCACAAGCUGGUGUUCCUGCAGCAAGGCCCACUCCUGCUGGUGGCUGUGUCCCGGACUCCACAGUCAGCAGCACAGCUACGGGGUGAGCUGCUUGCAGUACACGCACAAAUUGUGAGCACACUGACUCGUGCAAGCGUGGCCCGCAUCUUUGCACAUAAGCAGAACUAUGAUCUACGUCGUCUGCUGGCUGGCUCAGAGCGCACACUGGACCGGCUCCUGGACAGUGUGGAGCAAGACCCCGGUGCCCUGCUCCUGGGUGCUGUGCGUUGUGUGCCUCUGGCCCGUCCACUGCGGGAUGCCCUGGGUACACUACUGCGGCGCUGUACAGCCCCAGGCCUGGCCCUGUCAGUGCUGGCUGUUGGCGGCCGACUGAUAACAGCAGCCCAAGAGAGGAAUGUGCUGGCUGAGUGCCGACUGGACCCAGCUGAUCUGCAGUUACUGCUUGACUGGGUGGGUGCACCAGCCUUUGCAGCAGGUGAGGCAUGGGCACCUGUGUGCUUGCCUCGCUUCAACCCAGAUGGUUUCUUCUAUGCCUAUGUGGCUCGUCUGGAUUCCAUGCCUGUCUGCCUGCUGUUGCUUGGUACCAACCGUGAAGCUUUCCAUGCCAUGGCUGCCUGCCGGCGCUUGGUUGAAGAUGGGAUGCACAACCUUGGUGCCCUGCGUACCCUUGGGGAGGCUGCCAACUUCUCUAACGGGCCAGCAGCCAAUGCCCCUGCCUACAGUGUGCAGGCUGUGGGAGCACCUGGCCUCCGGCAUUUCCUCUAUAAGCCACUGGACAUCCCUGACCAACACCGCCAGCUACCACAGUUUACCAGUCCUGAGCUAGAGGCCCCAUACAGCCGAGAGGAGGAGCGACAGCGACUGUCCGACUUGUAUCACCGCCUGCACGCUCGCCUCCAUAGCACCUCCCGGCCCCUGCGCCUCAUUUACCACGUGGCUGAGAAGGAAACACUGCUGGCCUGGGUGACCUCCAAAUUUGAGCUCUAUACUUGCCUCAGUCCCCUUGUGACCAAGGCAGGUGCCAUCUUAGUCGUGACGAAGCUCCUGCGCUGGGUGAGGAAGGAAGAGGAUCGGCUUUUCAUCCGUUACCCACCCAAGUACUCCACACCCCCCUCCUCCUCGGUGGAGCAGGCCCCCAACAAUGGCUUGUUCACUGGACUCUGAAUGACUGCUGGAGUGACCACAUCUGGCUUUUAAAUUCUGUCUCUACUCUGGAAAUGUGGGUAGAAGUCUGUGUGGGGCUGGUCCCCGUUUCCCCAGGCAGGUGGGCAAGAUCUCAGGGUUUGCCCACAAAUGGGAGAAGGGGCACAGGUUGUGCUCUGAGCCCCCUCAGGCACCUCCACAGUUAAGAAAGUCGAAAGCCUCCUCUGCCUCACCUCCGUAACUAACCCGAAUGCCACCGCACCCUCUGUCCCCGGCUGUCCCCUCCAAGCCUCUUCUAGGCAGCACAGGCUGCUGCCACGUGCAUCUUCCACGCAGACCUAAGACUGGGCUGAGGCUCUCCUCAGGGUCAGGGCGCGUAACCCAUAAGGGCUCUAGAAUUUGGAAUGCAGGGCUAGCCUACGCUUGAAACCAGUCUAAGGAUAUUUGAAGAAAACUACAGAAAGGGCCUAAAGUUGAAUCCCACAAGACAUUCUUCUGUCCUCGGUGUCCUUUUUUUCCUCCAUCAUUUUCCCCUACUUUACAAAAACAAACAAGCCCCACCAAUCCGGGCCGUUUCUUACAUUAAUAAGAAGGUUGCCUCCAGUGUCCAUCUGUGUAACACAUGCCACGUGACUUCACCCAGCGGCCGGGAUGCAGCUUUGAGAAGACGCUCUUAUCCUCCAAGGCUUCUACUUGAGAGAGAGCUUUCGUUAGGCCCUUUUAGUGGAGACCUGUGAACUGUGAAGGAGACAGGGCUUAGAACUCUAUUGCCAUUUGUUCUGGACGUUGGCCGCUUGCAGCAGCAACCUAAAGGAAAAGAACCUUUGAAGAGCUUGUACGCACAACCCUCCUCAACAGGCCACUGCCCUGCUUCCAGCCUUGUUCAGCAAUAUGGCCCUGUGGUUGUGCGCAUGCGUGCUAACUAUCAGUUGCGUUGCAGAUGUUCUGCGUUUGCUCAGUGCAGAUACUUGUGUUGCCCCACCCCCUGGUUUCCUGCAAUGGCUGUAGCAGCACGUGCUGCUUUUCCCUGCCGCUGUUUUCCACUUUUCUAUGGCACAUGCGCAGAUGCCCCACAUUGGGAAAUGGCUGCGGAGCUGGAGCCUUUGAUGGCGGAGUGGCUGGGACCUGAGGAGGCGGAGGAUGCCGGAGGUAGUGGGGGCCCACAGGGUAGAAGGGAGAGAGGCUUUGGCCCAUUAAAAUAAUCGAGAGUAAUUUUUUUAGAAAAAAAAAAAUGUUUUUAGCCUAUUGAAUUUUUUAACUUCCACACAGUGGAAAUAAAUAACAUGCCUGUUCUCAUCA